AUGCCCCUCCAUAUCGUGAACAUUGGUAGUUCCUUCGCGGCCGGACCGGGCAUUCCCCCGCAAGUCGACGUCCCCGCAGCCCGAUCUGGCGAGAAUUAUGCGCACAUCGUCGCCAGAAGACUUGAGGCAAAAUUGACAGACUUGAGCGUGUCGGGUGCAACCCUCCUCAAUCUAUUGAAUGAACCUCAGGUAGAGCCAGAAAAGACGUUUGCCCCGCAGAUUGGAGAGAUUCCGGAAGAUGCGGAUGUCGUCCUAGUACUCGGCGGUGGAAAUGACAUUGGGUACGUUGGUGGAAUGUUUGUCGACAGCUUCAACGCCUAUUGGAUAUACCGAGCAAUAACAUGGGCUUACGGCUGCUUCGGAUGGGUUCCAUACGAGGUCCCCUCAUUGACUACCGAGGAGUUAGCAGAGAGAUAUGGAACAGUCUUGGAUUCAGUCCACGGCAGAGUGCCAAGCGCCAAGGUAGUUGUUGUUGAAUAUCUUUCGAUGCUGGGGCCAGAUCUCGAGCCUGGUAUUGAUUUACCUUUUGAUGCAGCACUCCUGGAUAAACACAAGGGAAUGGCUGAACAACUGCGAAGAGCUACCGUCAAGGCCGUCCAAGGACGCGAAUCGUGGUGCAUCCGAGUUCCCGUAACGGCGGUCAGCACAAGCCAUGGACUAGGUUCACAAGAGCCUUGGAUCAAUGGCUUUGGGCUCAAGGAAUUGUAUCGCCAAGAUGCAUAUCACCCAAAUGCUAGAGGCAUGAUAGCUGUUGCUAAGCUGGUGAUGGAGAAGCUCAAGGAGCUGGGAUUCACUUGA